GCCUGAACAGACGUGAACCAUGGACCCCUCAGCUGGGUCCUCCUUCGGCGCUGAAUCAACCGGCAAUGGCGAGCCAGACCGGCGGAUGCCGUUUCCUCUAGCAAUUCUGGGCACGCAGCGCGAGACCGCUGCCAACCUGCUUAGGCCCUAUAUCGAAGAAGGCCGCUUGAGCGAAAGUGAUGCAGCGCGCACGCUUGACCUUGUGUCAGCGGACAAGACGAUUUUCCACCGUGCGGUCGUCCCCGCGGCUGUAGGUACCGCGGUCUCUGUUGUGCUAUACUACGCGAUGUCCCGCAGGGGAUACUCCCUGGGCAAACGCGUCAUGGUCCCCGCUGGCGUCGGCACCAUCCUGGGUGAAUUCAUCACCAUAAAGCGCCUUCGGGACGACUACGCGGGCUGGAAAAACGGACUGACCGACGAGCCUGCUAUGCGCGAGGUCCUGCGCGAGCUGAUGUAUGCUAACAACCGCCGCAGGGAGGCGCCAGGUUCGGGACCCGCGCCGGCUCCCGGUCGCGUCCAGCAGCAGGUGCAGGCUGACGCACCUGUCGACCGCUGGAGCGAGCUGCGCAAGGAGGCGGGCGUGACGCAGCCGUCGUCCUGGGAUACGCUCCGGCAAUCGAAAGGGCGGGCGGGGCUGCCUCCGCCAGUGGCGCCAGCGUCGCCCAUCGGAGCGCAGGCAGCGGCAGCGGCGUCGCCGCCCGCGGAGCAGCUGGAGAUGACGCCCGAGGAGCGGCGCUUCAAGGAGAUGAUGGACAGAGAGAACAGGCCGUCGAUGUAGCGUGCUGAAUGCGACGUAACUUGCGAGCAAUCCCCUCUCUCACUACUGCUGGGUAUGUUCAGUGGCGCAAAGAGACAGUGCGGAACUAGCAAUGUGCGUCCAAGAAGCGAGCGUCAUGUCAUUCGUGGCGUAUAGGACAACAUAAUUCGUACACAACAGGUAUCAAGUUCAGUCUUCGCUAAGAUAAGUCCAUCGCACGUAAGUAGUAGAUACUCAAGAAUGCAGUCCUCGGCCGCAGAGACACGGACGCUGUAGGCUCUUACACGCGCGGUGCAUCCCCGCCCGUUG